AUGCUUCCCGAUUUUCUGUCCCUCAUACCCCUCGGCCUAUACCUGCUCGCCGCAACAGCGUUACCCCUCAUCGAUCCCAUCGAACUCUCUGAUAUUCCGUCUGCCGACGCCUCGGACACUCCUUUGUUCCCACUUCCCUUCACCCGCAAGGUUAACAACCCAAGCAAUGCCAGUGUAGCGAGGUUCGACCAGCUGCGUGCUCAGACUCUACGGACGCGUGAUCUUGGUGGCCAGAAUGAGCAGGGGAUUUUCGACAUUUCCGCUUCUUCCCAGGUUGUCAGUUACGUGGUAAAAGUCGAAAUCGGAGACCCGCCUACGACUUAUGAGCUCCUAAUCGAUACCGGUAGCUCGAACACAUGGGUCGGCGCAGGCAAGCAGUUCGUUCCAAGCCGAACCACCGUGCCGACGCUUAACCCGGUGUCCGUCGAAUACGGUUCGGGCUCGUUCCAAGGCGUCGAAGUCAAAGACCGAGUCACGCUAGCUCCGGGGCUGACAAUUGACAACCAAUCCAUUGGCGUCGCUAUAUUUUCGCAAGGGUUCGACGACGUCGACGGUAUCCUAGGCAUUGGGCCAAUAGACCUGACUUGUGGAACCCUCUUCCCAUGCAUCGACGAAUGCAUCCCGACCGUCACAGACAACGCAUGGUUGCAAGGCCUUUUGGCCUUCUACGGAGUCGGAAUAUCGUUCGCGCCUGCAGUGUCGGCGCCCGAGGAGAAUAGAGAACUCACCUUUGGCGGUAUUGAUUCGACGAAAUACACCGGCACGAUCAAUUAUGUGCCGAUUACUUCACAUGAACCGGCCAAUAAGUUCGUCGGAGUCGACCAGUCUGUAGCAUAUGGCGAUACAGUGAUCCUUGAGGAAACGUCUGGCAUCAUAGAUACGGGGACAACCCUGAUCUUGCUCGCAACCGAUGCAUUCAACGAGUACAAAUCGCUCACAGGUGCCGAGAUGGACAACAACGUAGAAAUGCUCAAGAUCACGCGCGAGCAAUAUUCGCAACUGAAAAGCAUGUAUUUCAACAUCAAUGGUAUAAAAUAUGAAUUCACCCGUGAUGCACAAAUAUGGCCUCGAUCACUGAAUUCCGAGAUAGGCGGAGACGCAGAUGUUAUAUACCUUGUGGUAUCGGACAACGGCUCACCUUCUGGCAGUGGCAUAGACUUUAUCAACGGCAUGACAUGGCUUCAACGCUUCUAUAUGGUGUACGACAUAGGCAACUCACGAGUGGGUAUCGCCACCACCCGGCAUACCAAUGACACUGUCAACUUCUGA